UUAAACUGUAGCUGAUGGUUCUCUCUAGUAUGUAUAGAGCUCACUAAUGAGGAUAGAUCAUCGGUGUAUAAACACACGACAGCAACUUCCUUUCUUUUACAAUAAAAUCUCAAGUCUUAUUUGUAUGCUGAUCGAAUACGUAAGAAGAAGAAGGAUACUUCCGCGGAUCACACGCGCGCGACGAUGACGACGACGAUUGCUGUCCGUUCCGUCUGGCAAACGCGUGUCCUUGAAAUUAGACAUCACACCGCGGCAUUUCCGCGCGCGAAAGUGCAGACCCCACACACACACAUGUGUAUACGUGUGCGCGUGCGCACACAUACACAGAAGAAAUACAUACAUACAUAUGCAUAAACACGCGCGGGCGCGCGAGGCAAUAAUAUUAGAAUGAAAAUUCUCGCCAAGUUACAUCGGGCAAAAAAGUGCGGCGCUCAGGAAACGGCGGUGCGUGAUUGGUUGACGCGCAGCGACUGGCCUGUUAUUUAGCGAUGUGUCAUGUGACCCUUUCCUAUUUAUGCAAACAUCACCGAUACUUGGCCUCACGGUCUCGUGGCAAAACAAUAACAAACAACACACACGUCGCUCCGCGCACGUCGUCCCUCGCAAUUCUCGCCAUCCGUGAUAGUAUUUUGUAGUGUCGCGCAUGCGACAAGUCGCAGGAGGAUCGCGCUUGAUCUCCCCGGGAGUCGUCGUGAAUCUCGUCGUCGUCGUAGGACAGAGUGAAUCGUUGCAGGUCGUCGAGUCGACGCGGCCGCGGCAAAAAGUGAAACCCAAUCUGCUGAUCGCAAUCGCCGAGUCGCGCGUGAGACGAGACAAGACGGGACGAGCCGAAUGGAACAAUGUUGUCAGUUGUGGAAAAUGCCCGUUGACGAGAGUCAGGGUCUCGCGGUGCGUGCGUGUGUGCAAAACGCGUGUUAGACCAAUAUGUGAUUCGAUACUGUUCUGCGAAUAAAAGAUCCGUGCGAAGAAGCGACACACGAGAGGAGACCCGAAAGGGACGAACUAUCCAGAAGAGAAGAGGAGGAGGAGGAAAAGGAAGAGCGAAGCAAAACUAGUCGGGCUAGAACGCGCAGAACCAUUGGACGAGCACUUCGUUCGUCCGUGUGUUUCCUCGUCGGCGGCUGCGAGGUCGCAGAUUUGCAGUGAAUCGAUCGAGGCUCGUGCCUCGAGAUAGGUGUAAAACCUCGUGCGUGAUAGACCACCCGCGUGCAUUUCAUCAUCCCCUGCGUACGUAUGUACGAUUUUUUCUCUUUUUCUCUCUGUCUUUCUCUCUCUCUCUCUCUCUCUCUCUCUCUCCCACUCUUCUCCGCGAUCGAGCCGUCAGAUUCGCGCGAAUUUUCACGCAGCAAUAAUAAACAACGCGCGUGGCGGCAGUUGCGUGUGGCGGGAUAGAGAUCGGGUUUUGGAAUCGACAAGAUCGCGCGGACACAAAACCACACGCAUACACAUAUAUACACGCACGCAGGCAGCGCGGAAUCGUUCGUCCUGCGCGCACAUUGGGCUGUUUUUUUCGUGUGGUGAACUUUCACGCGUAUAUAUAUAUAUACACCUCGCUUCUUAUAGAGACAAGUUGGCUUAGCCUAGCGCGUGCUGGAUUGUCACGAUCUCUGUACGAAGUGUUUCCUCUAAUGGAUGACCCCAAGUACAGCGGCUUCUCGCUGGACAGGUUCAACACCAUGGAUGGCAUAGUGAAGCAGGAACCUGUCCAGGAAAUGGUUACAGCGUCGGCGUCCGUGCCUAUCCCUGGCGGGCACAGAGGCACACGCGGAGUGUACGAUCAGUUCUCACCCUCGCCUCUGGCAGCUACCUCUGCAUGGACUAUAAGAGCUGGAGACAUGGAGUCGCCUUUCAAAAUAGAUCCUGAUCAGCUGGACAUCUCCUUCAGGAUGGACGACGAUGAUAUAUUUCAGGUGGACAAGGCUGAGCUCAUCCAAGGUCCUACCCUGGCUGAAUUGAAUGCCAAUGAUGACACUCUAUUGGGAGACUUGAAUUUCGAUGAUCUGCUGCUACCUGAAGAGAGGGUACAACCAAUCAAGAUUGAAACAAAUGCCACUCCAUGUACUGGCUCUCUGUUCAGUAGCAGCGAUGUAGGAUUUGCACCCAGUAGUUUCCCUCAGUCUGGAUUAACUUUCCGUAGUUGUCCCACGUAUACAAAUACAUAUGGAUUUAACCUAAAUAGAGGUUCCAACGUUGCGGACAAUGUAGAGGCUGUUAGUCCUACUGCAUUUCCUAGUCCAGGAACAAGUAAUGUUGCAGGUAGUUCAACAGCGAGUUCAUCCACUUCCCCGCAUCCCGCAAUGCGACCUACUGGAACGUCCACUCUACAUGAGUUACUCUUGAGAAGAUGUGAAAAUCCGUUCACUAAUCCAAUAUCCACUCAGGCGGAUAUCUCCACGGUAGGCGGGCAGUCCAAAGUUUCAAGACUCUCUAUGUCUGCGCCCACGCAGACAAUGGCUUUGGAUCAAAUUUGGGCUCACAGAGAACCACGACAACAUCUUUUGAGCACCAGCAGCCUGGUAGAGGCAGGCUCGACGAGUAGCUUGAGUACAGGAGGCGCGCUGAGUCCAGAUCCACUUGGUCAUCUUGACCCAUUCACUCAAGAUGAAGACUAUGAAGACAGUGAUGAUGAUAGCGAUCAUUAUGAUGAUUACAGCAGCGAUAAUGAUUCAGGUGGAAGUGACGGUGAAGAACAAAGUAACAACAGAAUGAGUACUGCAGAAUUGGGAAGAGAUAGUAGUAGGCAUAGUAAGAAAGAGAGAUUUUUCUGGCAGUAUAACGUUCAAGCAAAGGGACCAAAGGGACAACGACUGAUUGCUAGAGCACGUUUAGAAGAUCCGCAUGUCUUGAACGAAGCAACUGAUCCGGUAUUUAGUCCACAUUGUGCUCUCAGAGGAAUUAAACAUAGUGGAAAAGCACGAAAAGGCGAUGGAAACGAUCUUACGCCAAAUCCUCGCAAGCUUCAUAACAUUGGGAGGGAGUUGGACAAGCUCACGCGUAUUAUAAAUGACAUGACGCCUGUUUCAGAAUUACCAUUCUUAGCAAGACCGAAAACACGUAAAGAAAAGAAUAAAUUAGCUUCGCGGGCGUGUCGCUUAAAGAAAAAGGCUCAACAUGAAGCUAAUAAGAUUAAGUUGCACGGACUCGAACAAGAGCACAAACGUCUUAUUCAAGGUAUAUCACAAGCUAAAAACAUGCUUUCCGUAAAAGCAACCGAACCUCUUAACGCUGAGAAUCAGGAAGAGCUUACACGACAAAUAGAGAAAUGUUGCAAGUUGGCUACUAAGAUACGAAUAGCAAGCCAUUCAACAGAAUUUGUGAACAGGGUAUUGGACAAAGUUAGAGGUGGUGUCCAUGAUGGUGGACUCGAAGAUAUUUAAUUUUACAGAGACCUUUUUUCUUUAUGAGCAUGUAUAUAAUAAUGAAAAAAAUGUGUAUAUGGAUACAUACAUAGGGUAAUACUUCAUCUGUAAGUUUAUCGUUAUCUGAGUGCUGACCUAUAGUUAAGUUAAUCUUAACUUAUUGGUUAAUGUAUAAUUAACGGAUAUCCUUGCGUGCGUUAUUACAGAAGAAACGAAACCUUGAUUUAUGCAUUCAUUGAAUUGCAUCCACAUAUCGUCAAGUGUUUUUCUCCUUUCUUUUAAUAAAAUUGUCCGCAUUUUUUAUACUGUACAUUGGUAAAUAGGCAUAACAAUUUUCAUACAUCACGACAGCUUUUAAUAAUGUUUUUCUUUAUAUGAUUAUUAAGUUUUUUUUUCUUUUUAUAUAUCUUCUGUAGCCUAUAUCAGUUACACGAAUGUAUAUUUCUUAUACUUUUUGAAGAAUUUAAUAUGAUUACGCGUUGUUAUGAAAGUGCAAGAAAAGUGUCACGUAACGAUUAUAACGGACUACUGAAUGUUAUCGAUAUCUAUUAUUGAUUAAUAAUGGACACACAUUUUGAUUUUAACUAAUAAAAGCACAUCAACGAAGUUUUCUCUUCCCAAGAACGAUAUGCGCAAAUAUCAAGUGAAUGCGGUUACAUUGCAUUUUGUCUCGUGAUUCUUUACUACACAUUCAUUGAUUUUUGACAAAGAUCAAGGUUUCGAAAUUACUGAUUAUAUGCGAUAAUAUCAAUUCAGAUUGAUGUUUCUUUUUCUUUUUAAUAUUCCGACGAUUACGUAGUUUUAAACUGUAAUAGUAGUAAAAACGAAAAUCUAGAAAUGUGCAUAGUUGCACCUAGAGACGAGCUUUGAAUCAUGUAGUUGUUUGCUGUUUGCUGACUCGAUCUACCUCAGAACGAAACGCUGUACCUACUUAUAUAUAUUCGAAUUAAGAUAACGAACGGAAAGAUUGCGUUCGUGGCGUGUCGAUUGUUACUGCUUUAGAGAAUUUUAGACGGGUGGACGAAGGUAGCUAUGCAAUUUCAGAUAGCAUGAAAUAUCUGGAAAUCAUCCUGGAUGUUUAGAACGUCCUAGAAAAUUUAAAACGUUCUGAAUAUAGUCUGGAUGAUUUUGAAAUAUCUUAUGUUAUCUCGAACGUUACAUCUGCAUAUCGUCCGUAUAUUUAAAACGAUCAUAAGCCACGGCUAAGUAAUUAUAUUUUGCUAAUUACUCUAAUAUAUAAAUAUAUAUAUAUAUACAUAUAUAUUUUAAAUAUACAAAAUAUUAAUCCACAUAUUAUAUUCGUACUAAUAUUUUUUUAAUCGAUUUUUGUAUGUAAUGUUGCAUCGAGCGCAGGUUAUAGUUGCUGCAGAGGAAGUGAAGAUAGUCAUGUAAUUAUAUGUAAAAAAAUGUAUAUUAUAUAUAUAUAUAUAUUAUAUGUAUAUGCAAGGCAUCUGAAUUUAAAUGUCCGACCGUUCGUGUACAGGUAGAUUAAGUCAAACUGAGCACAAAAGUCCUCUACUAUUUUGCAAACAACCACGUAAAAUUUUGAGUUAGUAAUAAAAAAAAUUGACGAAUAAUCGCGCAAGAUACACACAUGAUGUGACAGUAAGUCGAUUACAAGUACGAUUGCAAGUACGAUUGCAUUACACAAUUUGCACUUGUAUGUUAGGUCGAACUGAAUAAAAAAAUCCUGAUUGUUUACAAAGUGAUAAAAGAAUUUUGUGUUCAAUUUGAUCUAAUCUAUCUAUACACAAGCAGUCGGAUAUUUAAAUUCAGAUAUUUUGUACAUUGGUGUGUGUAUAUAUGUAUAUGUAUAUAUGUGUAUAUAUAUAUAUAUAUAUAUAUAUAUAUAUAUAUAUAUAUAAACAUACAGAUAUCGUAUAAAAAUCCUUAUCAAAUCGUUAUGCAGUCUAAUUUAUUGUUAUGCGGUAUAAACUACAAGUUUGAUUUACCGUAACAUUUGGCAUAGUCAACGAUGUAGUAGCUGUGUUAGCACAAAACGUCGUCAUUCCGAUAUCGUAAUCACGAGUGAGCAGUGAAGUGUUGCGUAUAAUCAGAAUUAUUUCUCCAAGUAUGUAAUAUCAUACAUUUGUACGAACUGCCGCAUUAUUAUUUCGUCGACGAUAACUUUGGUAUUUUUGCGGUGACACGUGCGUUCGCUCGCUCGUACGCUUGGCGUUUGGAUUGCGAAUCGUCAUUUUGCUUGGAUAAUCCACGCUUUCCUUUCACACGGUUGCCUAUGUUGUUGAGUGUAGAACAACCGCUGCAGAAGUCGAAGCUUGCGCGCGAACGCAUUCCCAAAUUGAUAGUGCUAUAGUCGAAUUGAAAACAGCAACGUCAACGUGAUAAGUGAUUAUUUCGUCAGAAUGUAAGACCGAUUGAAUUGUCAUUUUUAUUCUAAUAAAAAAGAAACAGAAUAGCGCAUAAGGCUUUUAGACAUACGAUCUGAAAGUUAAAGUGAACCAGCGCGAGAUGUGUACUUGCGAUAAACUGCCCCGAUAAACGGCAGUAUAAAAGACUUUACAAUGUACGGAAGUUAUGACACGUUUUGAUUCAGCUCGGAUCUCGUCUUCGAUGUUUACUGAUAAGGAUACAAGACGCGCGGUCACGAGCAUGAAUCUUCGUUCUUGGAGAGUCCAAAGAAAAGAUUGAAAUUGUAAUGUACACUUCGCCGAAGAUAGGAAGUAAUAAUUCGUUGCGUUUCACACGGUGAACUAUCGUCGGAAUCCCGGGGUUUCGUUAAUCAUGACAGGACAAUUGGAUGAAGGUUUGACGAGUUUAUCAGUUGUUAAAAGUUGUUAUCCAUCUGUGAUAAGUUGACAUGGUUCUCGUCGUGACGCUGUGGGAAGAACAAAGAAGACAACAUACCCACAAGGAUUCCGACGUAUAAUUUUAUAACAUCGAAUUAGACGUGAACGGCACGAGAAGCCGCUAGGAACGAAAACGCUUCUAAACUGCGAUGUUGUAUAGUUCCGUAAUGAUCGGAAAAUAAACCAAAUCCACAAGUACA